GCCUUCCUGGUCCUGGUCUUGCACCCUCCUGCCCGCCGCGGGGCCUUCCUCCCGGCCCAGGCAUCCAGGGGGAGCCGGGGACAGAGGCUCCCGCUGCGGCCCUGCCGCGGGAGACCCCUCCAUGGAGGCUGCAGGGGUGGACCCUGCGGUGUUCACCGCCCACGCACUGCCCAGUGACCCCCGGCUCUGGGCCACUGUGACCAACGCAUACCUGGGCACACGCGUGUAUCACGGGACCAUACAUGUGAGCGGUGUGUACAACGGGGCCCGGGGAGACACACACCGGGCCGCUCUGCCCAGCCCACUCAGCGUCCGACUGGAGGCCCCUGCGGGCUCAGUAGAGCCGCUAACUGAGACGUUUGUGCUGGACACCAACACAGGCUCCUUCCAGCACACCCUGGAGGGCCCCAGCUCCCGGGCUUCCCAGCGCAUCUAUGCCCACCGCACACUGCCUCACGUCCUGGCCGUCAGCGUGUCCCUCACCCGCCUGGCCACGGGGCACCGGCCCAUCACCAUGCUGCUGCAGUCGGCUUUCUCCCCAGAAAGCCCUGACCUGGACCUGCAGCUGGGUCCUGACUUCAAAGGAGCCCGGUACUUGCAUGGCCACACGCUGACACCUGAGCAGCCCGGGGGUGUGCGGCAGGAGGUGCACAUGCUGUGGACACCAGUGCCCCCGGCCCUGACCCUGGGGGAAGGCGAGGAGGACAGGACCUGGGAAUUCCUGACUGUGGUGGGCAGCAGCCAGGCCGAGGCCCAGGCCUGCUUCACUGAGGCCCUGCAGCUGCAGGCCAGGGGCGCACUAUACCCGGCCCAUGCACAGGCCUGGGCCCAGCUGUGGGCAGGCUGUGGCCUGGACGUGGUGGGGCCCCUGCGCCUGCGACAGGCCCUGCGCGGCUCUCUCUACUACCUGCUCAGUGCCCUGCCCCAGCCGGGGGCCACCGGCUAUGUCUGCCAUGGCCUCAGUCCCGGGGGCCUCUCCAACGGGAGCCGGGAGGAGUGCUACUGGGGCCACGUCUUCUGGGACCAGGAUCUCUGGAUGUUCCCGAAUAUCCUGGUGUUCCACCCGGAGGCCGCCAGGGCCAUCCUGGAAUACCGCAUCCGGACGCUGGACGGGGCCUUGGAGAACGCCCGGAGCUUGGGCUACGAGGGGGCCAAGUUUGCCUGGGAGAGUGCGGGCUCCGGCCUGGAGGUCUGCCCGGAGGAGGUGUACGGGGCCCAGGAGCUCCACAUCAAUGGGGCCGUGCUGUUGGCCUUCGAGCUGUACUACAACGCCACCCAGGACCUGCAGCUCUUCCGAGAGGCUGGUGGCUGGGACGUGGUCAGUGCUGUGGCUGACUUUUGGUGCAGCCGCGUGGAAUGGAGCCCCAAGGAGAAGAAGUACCACCUGAGGGGGGUCAUGCCCCCGGACGAGUACCACGCAGGGGUCGACAACUCCGUGUACACCAACGCCCUGCUCCAGAGCAGCCUACGCUUUGCUGCUGCCCUGGCCCAGGACCUGGGCCUGCCCGUCCCCGACCGGUGGCUGGAGGUGGCCGAUGGGAUCAAGGUGCCCUUUGACCCAGAGCGGAACUUCCACCCUGAGUUCGAUGGGUAUGAGCCUGGAGAGGAGGUGAAGCAGGCGGACGUGGUGCUGCUGGGGUACCCGGUCCCCUUCCCCCUUCCCCCUGACGUGCGCAGGAGAAACCUGGAGAUCUAUGAGGCUGCAACAUCCUCCCAGGGCCCGGCCAUGACCUGGAGCAUGUUUGCUGUGGGCUGGAUGGAGCUGAAGGAUCUGGCGCGGGCACAGGGCCUCCUGGACAGGAGCUUUGCCAACAUCACCGAGCCCUUCAAGGUGUGGACAGAGAACGCAGAUGGGUCAGGAGCCGUGAACUUCCUGACGGGCAUGGGCGGCUUCCUGCAGGCUUUGCUCUUUGGGUGUACGGGGUUCAGGGUCACCAUAGCAGGCCUGAUCUUCGACCCCGUGUGCCUGGCGGACAUCUCCAGAAUGUGUGUCUCUGGCAUCUCCCACCAGGGGAGCAAGAUCAAUUUCUCCUUCUCCCAGGACUGCGUGACAGUCGAGGUCACAGCCCGCACGGGGCCUGAGGCGCCCCCGCUGGAGGUUGAGCUGUGGCCAUCACGGUCUCGGCUGCCCCUGCCAACAGGACACAAGGUCUCCUUUCCACGCUCAGCUGGCCGGAUACAGAGGUCCCCCCCGUAGCUGCCUGGAAGAACGUCUCAAGGACCCUGACCCACAGCUCCAGACCCUCCGUCCCUCACCCUGGAACCUGCCCCGAGCAACCAGGACUCUCCUGGGCCCUCCGGCCACGCCCUCUGCACCUGCACCUUCUCCACCCCUCCCAGCUGCCCAGCAACCAGGCCACCAGGCUCACAGCAUGUGUGACCUCAAGUGCCAGGCUCUCUGUCUCCAACCUGAUCCCCUCUGAGCCCCCACUCCUGCACCGGGCGUCCCCCUCUCCAGGGCCAUUGGCCCAGCACCAGCCCACGCACCCUGUGGCACCCCUUCUUGCUCACUCCCCUGGGGUGCCUAGCACUGCCCUCUGACCUCUCGCUCCUGGACUCUGGUGCCGUGGGCACAGUCAACAGUGCACCGUGUGCAGCUGUGCUGAGAUGGGUAUGGGCAGGGAACUCGGGCACCCGAGGGGCUCAGGACUCACAGCUGCAGCUUUGCCAGAAAGACCUGGUGCCGUGCCCUGGUGCUUGCCACAGCAUGGGCCCUGGGCCACUCCUGAGCCUGGGUCCUUAGAUCAGGUUGGACGCCUCCUGCUCAGUGGUGUGGGCGGGGUGGUCCGUCCUCGACCUCACGCUUUGAGAGAGCACCACCGGAGGAGCCAGAGCCAAAUAGCCAUGGGUCAAGGCCACAGCCUUGGACCCCUAUGCCCUGGACAGGCAACCCACAUCCAGACACUGUCCAGCUCCUGUUCCUGGGACCUCAGGCCCUGGGAUGGAGUCCUGGUGGCUUCGCAAGAAUGAGGUGCCAUGGUGCGAGCACCGGAAUCCGGGGAGGACCACGCCAUCUGCUCCAGGUCACCCCAGGGGUUAGUGCUUUGGUGUCCAUGUGGGAAUCCUGGGGCAGACCCUGCCCUUGGCACAAGUGGGCCUGGGAGAUUAAAGGUUGGUGCUGG